GCUGUUUCUCUAUAACUUCUUAAGAGAGAGAGAGAGAGUGAGAGAGAGAGAGAGAUGAGGCUAUUGACGCAUAACAUGCUUUCCAGCAACAUCAAGGGCGUGACGAAUGGGUUCCCACUGCGUCUCGAAGUGGAGAAAUCAGUAUUAAAAGAGGUCGAAUUCAACCCAGAUUUCCUAAGAAACAUGUUCCCGAAGAUCGAAUGGAAAGCCCUUGUAGAUGCCGCUCGAUCGAUGGGCUAUGCAGAACUUCCAGAAGAGGCACCCGAAUCAUCGAUGCUCGAGUCGGAAGAGUUUCUCAUGAAGUUUCACCAUGCCCUACUCGAGCUCCACCUUGACGAAGGUGCCCUUAUCUGUCCUGAGACCGGUCGGCGUUUCCCUGUCAACAAGGGUAUCCCAAACAUGCUCCUCCAUGAAGACGAGGUCUGAUUAGUUUAUCUUACAGUUUCUUUCUUUGUCAGAUGAUAAUGGCUCUGGGGAGCUUGGAGGAGUUAGUGUACUAGGCUAGACGGUGGUUUUUGAAUACUGAAAUGUAAUUGUUUUGAGCAUUGGGUACUUCAAUGUGUAUGGUUUAGCAUAUGAACAUACGUGGAUAGUGAUGUUGUUUCUUUGGAGAAGAAAUUGAAAUUAGGGUUUAUUCUCUUA